UGCCCCGGGAAGACUUCCCCCGCACAGCUCACGUUUGAUGACUUUAUAGCGCAAAUGAGAAUGAUGUUCAGGAACAUGGGAUCUGACUCACCGAUGGGUAGCCCGACCUUGUUUUGGGGUCUGAUGCUGUCUGUCUACUCUAUCUGCAUAUGGUCCACAUAUGGAGAGAUUUGUGGUCCGAGUAUCGACAUCCGAAAUGAGAUCAGUGAGUUCAAGCGGUUGGAGAACUGUACGGUAGUGGAGGGCUACCUGCAGAUCCUCCUCAUCAAUGACAAGACCAACAACAUCCACCAGGAGGUCUUCCGCUCCCUCAGCUUCCCCAAGCUGACCGUCAUCACCGACUACCUGCUGCUGUUUCGCGUCUCGGGCUUGGACAGCCUCAGCAUGCUCUUCCCCAACCUGAGUGUCAUCCGCGGCCGCAAUCUCUUCUACAACUACGCCCUUGUGAUUUAUGAAAUGACCAGCCUGAAGGACAUCGGCCUGUACAACCUGAGGAACAUCACUCGGGGAGCCAUGAGGAUUGAGAAGAACCCUGAGCUCUGCUACCUGGACUCAGUGGACUGGUCUCUUAUUAUGGAUGCUGAGUUCAACAACGUUAUCAAUGGAAAUAAGAAGGCAAAGGAGUGUGACAAUGUCUGUCCUGGCAUCAUGGAGGAUAACCCUCUUUGUCAGAGGACGUCAUUCAAUGACAACUACGACUACCGCUGCUGGACUUCUAACCAGUGCCAGAAAGUAUGCCCACAACACUGCAGACUUGCCUGUACAGACAAGGGGGAGUGUUGCCACAGCCAGUGCCUGGGCGGCUGUACUGAACCCAACGACGACAUGGCCUGCUCCGCCUGCCUCCACUAUUUCCAUGAGGACCGCUGUGUGCCAGACUGCCCCAAAGACACUUACAAGUUUGAGGGCUGGCGCUGCAUCACCAAGGACCUGUGCUCUCAAGUGCACCUGCCCGGUGACACUCACUUUGUCAUCCAUGGGGGAGAAUGUAUGCCCGACUGCCCCUCCGGCUUCACACGCAAUGAGACCAAUCGCAUGUUUUGCAGUGCCUGCAAUGGCCUGUGUGACAAGGUCUGCACGUCCAUUGUCAUCGACUCUGUGGAUGCUGCUCAGUCCCUGAAGGACUGCACUGUCAUCGAGGGCAAUCUGGACAUCAACAUUCGCCGUGGAAAUAACAUAUCGUCUGAGCUGGAGAGCUUCAUGGGAUUGAUCCAGACAGUGACAGGCUAUGUGAAAAUUCGACACUCCGACGCACUUGGCUCGCUGACCUUCCUCAAGAGCCUGCGUUACAUCAAUGGGCAGGAACUCAUCGACAACAUGUAUUCGUUCUCCGUCAUCAACAACCAGCACUUGCAGUACCUGUGGGACUGGAGUCAGCACAACCUGACUAUUCGGGCUGGACGUCUCUUCUUCCGUCGGAACCCCAAGCUCUGCAUGUCUGAGAUCCACACAAUGUGGGAUAAGACGGGAAUAACUGUGAAGCCAGAGGAAGGUGACUUCCGUGACAACGGGGAAAGAGCCAGCUGUGAAAGCCACACAUUGACGUUCAAGUCUAAUGUCACAUCAAGCCAUAUGAUCAGGCUGACAUGGGAGCACUACCGGCCGCAACUCUACGGAGACCUUAUCAGCUUCAUAGUCUACUACAAGGAGUCCCCUUUCCAGAAAAUCACAGAGUUUGACGGCCAGGAUGGCUGUGGCUCAAACAGCUGGCACAUGGUGGAUGUGGAUCUUCCUCAGGAUAAAAACACUGACCCAAAAGUCAGCCUUCAACACCUCAAGCCCUGGACCCAGUAUGCUAUUUUUGUGAAGGCCAUUACCCUGCAGGUGGAGGACAAACACAUUACUGGGGCAAAGAGUGAUAUAAUCUACAUUCGCACACGCCCAUCGCUGCCAUCUGUGCCUAAAGAUGCCCGUGCAUAUGCCAACUCCUCAACUAAGCUGGUGGUGAGGUGGUCACCCCCAGUCUUUCCCAACGGCAAUCUGACCUACUACCUGGUCCGCUGGCAGCAGCAGCCUGAGGACAGGGAGCUCUACCAACAUAACUACUGCUCCAAAGAGCUGAAAAUCCCAAUCCGGAUCCCAGCGACAGGGCUCACAGACAUGGACGAGAACACCAAGCCCACCAAGUCAGACCUGGCAGGGGCAGAGAAGGGCCCAUGCUGUGCUUGCCAGAAGACGCCCGAGGAGAAGGAUCGGGAGAAGGAUGAUCGCGUCUUUUUUAAAGUUUUCGAGAACUUCCUUCACAAUGCCAUCUUUCUGCCGAGACCUCCAGACCGUCGACGCAGAGAUGUUUUUGGUGUGGCUAACAACACACUGUUUCAUGAGGGUGUUGGUAGGGGGAACACCACCCUCGGUCCAGGGGAUAACAGUACAGAUGGCAUUCCUCCUAUCAAAGAGUACGCCUUCUCAGAGGACAAGAGCACAGCAGAAUAUUUAGAGAUCCCCAACCUGCGGCCCUUCACAGUCUACCGCAUUGACAUCCAUGCCUGCAAUGAGGAGGUGGGGCACUGCAGCGCUGGAGCAUUUGUCUUCUCCAGGACCAAACCUGCAGUCAAAGCAGACGACAUCCCUGGGAAGGUGAUCUAUGAGAGGAGUGACAAGGCUGAGGGUUGUGUGGUGCUGCACUGGCCGGAGCCCAUCAUGCCCAACGGACUCAUCCUGAUGUAUGAGAUCAAGUUCCAUCUGGGGAGUGAGCCCGAGAAACAUGAGUGUGUGUCACGCCAGCAAUACCGUGAGCACAGAGGAGCUCGGCUGACCAACCUGGGUUCAGGAAACUACUCUGCCCGUGUGCGCGCCACUUCUCUAGCAGGGAACGGCUCCUGGACGGAGAGUGUGUCCUUCUACGUGCCUCCACCCAAACGAGACGAUGGUGUUACAUUCUAUUUGGUCAUCAUAAUUCCCAUCAUAGUGACACUUUUCAUUGCCAGCCUCACCACGAUUCUCUUCUUUGUGAACAAAAAGAGGAAUAGGGACAGGUUGGGUAAUGGAGUCCUUUAUGCAUCUGUCAACCCAGAGUACUUCAGUGCUGCUGAGAUGUACGUUCCAGAUGAGUGGGAGGUGGCCAGGGAGAAGAUCACUAUGCACAAGGAACUGGGCCAGGGCUCCUUCGGUAUGGUGUACGAAGGCAUUGCCAAGGGGGUGGUCAAGGACGAACCUGAGACACGAGUGGCUAUCAAGACGGUCAAUGAGUCGGCCAGCAUGAGGGAGCGCAUUGAGUUUUUGAACGAGGCCUCUGUCAUGAAAGAGUUCAACUGUCACCAUGUGGUGCGGCUGCUGGGUGUGGUUUCACAGGGACAGCCAACUCUGGUGAUUAUGGAGCUGAUGACCCGUGGAGAUCUCAAGAGCCACCUGCGCUCUCUGCGCAAAGAAAAUGCCACCAGCCAGGUCCUACCCCCGCUCAAAAAGAUGAUCCAGAUGGCAGGGGAAAUCGCUGAUGGCAUGGCGUACCUAAAUGCCAACAAAUUUGUCCACAGAGAUCUCGCUGCCAGGAACUGCAUGGUAGCGGAGGACUUCACUGUAAAGAUUGGAGAUUUUGGCAUGACCAGAGAUAUUUAUGAGACGGAUUACUACCGAAAAGGAGGAAAGGGCUUGCUGCCUGUCCGCUGGAUGUCUCCAGAGUCGCUGAAAGAUGGCGUGUUCACUACAAUGUCUGAUGUCUGGUCAUUCGGUGUCGUGCUGUGGGAGAUCGCCACCUUAGCAGAACAGCCUUACCAGGGCAUGUCCAAUGAACAAGUGCUGCGCUUCGUCAUGGAGGGAGGACUCUUGGACAAACCUGACAACUGCCCUGACAUGCUGUUUGAGCUGAUGAGGAUGUGCUGGCAGUAUAACCCCAAGAUGCGUCCGUCCUUCCUGGAGAUCAUCAGCAGCAUCAAAGAUGAACUGGAUCCUCCCUUCAGGGAAAUGAGCUUCUUCUACAGUGAGGAGAACAAGCCGCCAGACACAGAGGAGUUGGACAUGGAUGUAGAAAACAUGGAGAACAUUCCACUGGACCCUGUAUCCACCAGGCAGCCCUCAGCGGCCGCCGCCCCCUCGUCGGGGUGUACAGGAGGCACGCCGCCUCCUUCUACCCAGCAGUUGUCCCCCAUCCAAGGCCCGAGCACUCCAUUGCUGGGACCUGUGUCUCCCUCCUCCCCGGGCCCGGUUGCCUCAGCCUUGGCGUCUCCAGGCCAAGCCUUGGACAAGCACUCAGGACAUGUUUCGGCCAACGGGCCUGUGGUGGUGCUGCGGCCCAACUUUGACGAGAUGCAACCCUACGCACACAUGAAUGGGGGCAGAAAGAACGAACGGGCGUUACCACUGCCCCAGUCGUCGGCCUGCUGAUAUCAGACCAGCCCUUCCUCCUCGUUCUCUUACACAGGGUAACACAAACCUCUCCUCCAUCUCUUAAGGAGGGAUGGAUGAGGUAAGGCAUGACUUUCUUCUACUGCGUGCCAGUAGAUGGCCUCUCCACUCCUUUAAGGUCAAACAUAAACUCUAAAAACUGAAAAAUAACACAGAAACCUGCUAAAGCAUUUGGAUUUUGGUGGCUCAGACUCGACACUGGGGAACUUCUUCCUGUGCAGCCUGUAUUUCAGUCAUUGUUGCGUAUGUCCUUCAAGUAGGAAAACAAUACAGGCAUAUGUAUCCGGACUUUACAGAUUUAGACAUGAACAUUAAGAAAAUCCUUUUUUAGCAUAUCUGCCAGCAAAUCCAACAGAAGAGCACUUUUUUCCCUGAUGCUUUCAGAGAGGAUGUUGUGGAUAUCAGUGUGUGUAUUUACACAAACACGAUUCUCUCUAUAAUACGGUAUAACUCGAUUUCUAAAAUGACUUUACAUCAAAAUGACUUUGUUUCCAUGAGCAGACUGGCUCAUGUCACGUGAGGAUGCCUCAAUUAGAAAGUUUGGACUAAGGUAAUUUUUUCAUUUUCCUCUUGAAAUUUCUGUGGGCGUAGAUUCCCGGCAGGAGUGGGUCGAAAUGGAAGAGGAGGGCCUAUUUUGUAUCUGCCAAACUGUUGCCAAAUCAAGCUUUUCCCCCCAAUUUCAUGCAGGUCUCCCUUCUUGUUUAAGGCUGUGAUUCAGAGUUUUGAUAAGUUUGUCUGGGAAAUAAUACCAAAAUUGUUUGGUGUGUGUGUGUGUGUGUGUGUGUGUGUGUGUGUGUGUGUGUGUGUGCGCGCGCAUAUAACAGGACCGAAAACAGUGUUACUGUGGCGAUGUGCUGCAUUCACACCUGCAGUCAAAGUUUUCUCAGAAUAUGCAGCGUCUGCGCUGGGGAUGGAGUAAAUCCAGCAAGGCUUGUGAAGAGAAACAAAACACUAAAUAAGUGAACUGCACAGAGAGAAGCCAGUAUGAAAGCAAGACUGAGUUUGUUUCAUUCAGGAUUUCAAAUGUCGAAGCAAAGGCGUCUUUAAUACAAUUUUAAGUUGAUGUUUUUUCAAUCGACACUAACAGUAUGAAUUCUUAAAUAAUAGAUAAUAACCGAUUUAGUAGUUAAGUAACCACUAGCAUUAUGAUACAAUUAAAUGAUGGCAACAAGAUUCUUAGAUAUACAAAUCUACAAAGAGAUAAGUUGCUUUUUGAGAAAAAAUACCCAACUUUCAUUAGUUCCAGGUCCUCAAAUGUGAGGUUUUGCAACUUUUUUUGUCCUGUGUGAUAGUAAACUGGGUAUGUCAGGGUUUUUGACUGUCGGUCAGACGAAAGCAGAAAUUUGAAGAUAUCCCCUCGAACAAUCUUCACUAUUUUUCAUAUACCAAAUCCAAAACAAUUGGUAGAUUAAUUGAUAACGAAAAAAAAUCAUUCUUUGCGGCCCCGUAUUUUCAUAUAAUUACAUCUGUAAAGCCUGCAUGCUGCUACCGUUCAUCGCUUUCGUCAUUCGAACAUCUGAGGGAAGUGCACAUGUGACUUGAGUCAGCAAACUCUGAAUCACAGCCUCCGUCUGUCAGCAUCAGACGUCCCACACUGCAAAAACACUGAACUUCACAACCAAGGGAUACGACUCUGCUGCCUCCACUUUCAUUUAUUCAAAGCUUAUCUAACAUUUUUUUGAGUGUGGAUUUCAUGUCGGAGUUGAUACUGCUAUUCAAAUUAAAUGGCACCAAAUACACCACCACAAAAAAACUGAGUCUAAGACUUGAGACAGAAAAUGAGAAGGUGUUGGAUCAGUAAAGAUUUUAGUAGCCUAGAGACAACUUUUAAGUCACAGCAGGUCUCUUUUAGAAUAGUCAUUAGUUUCUCUACAUUUCAAACACAUAUAAAGGUCUUACAGUUGUAUUUUAGACUGCAGGAUCGUUUUUAUACACAUCAUUGGUUUUGUCACUUUUUUAAACCUUUUUACGGUUCAAAAUGUUUGCCUCUAUGUCUGUACAGAACAAAGCUGCUAUUUUAUUCUUUUUCUCUUUUGGAUGUUAUAUAUAAAGGAAUCCUUCAGGUUUGGUAUUUUAUGGUCUC